AUGACGACACCUCUAGACAAAAGUACCUUGACCGGUAUAACAAGGAUCAAUGUCGGCAUUCCAGAAACUACCUUCGAUAUUCACAUUGAACUCCUACGCUCCUGCUCCACAUUCUUUGACCGUUUGUUCAAAGAUCAUUCUCUUCUGGAAAUCCAAACAAACCCCGUUCCUCUUCCCCACGAUGACCCCGAUCUGUUCGGCGAUUUGGUCAGCUGGAUCUACCGCGGCACUAUCUCCAAGUAUUUCCUCGCGGAAGACACUGACUUCUUCCUGCUCCGCCUCUGGGUUCUUGCUGCCCGGUUCGAGAUGCCUGGAUUGCAAAACCACGUGGCCUCGCACUACCUCGGCGUGAUGAAUACCCAACCAGGUGAAGUCUACGACAAGGCCAAGAUCGAUUUCGUCUACGAGAACACUCAGCCCGAUUCCCCCCUGCGUCGGCUUGUAGUUGAUAUAUGGACGCGCAACGGAACACAGACCGGGUCUUACGAGCUUCUGCACUCUUUGUCUCCUACUUUUCUUGCUGACCUUUGCGGCGCGUUGUUCGAGAGAAAGGACACUAGCUCCACUCCUCAGAUGAGCUUCGCGGAUUUUGCCAAACGGUACCAUGUGCAGAUUCUGGCUAUACAGGAUAACUCAAGAAAGAGGCUCUUGGAGAGUGAAGUCAAGGAGGAGUCUAAUGAGUCUAAUGUCCCGCAGCGCGCGACAGCGGCACAGAUGGAAAGACGAAAGAUUCUUACUCCUAAGAGACGGAUCACCUCCUCUCCUAGUGCUUUGACGGUCGCUUCUGAUGAUUUGUGGAAGAAACGGAGGAUGAGCUGA